ACGCGAUGCUUCGCGUACUCCCUCAGCAUAUCUGCUGAUGCAUACUUGGCGGAAGGGGAAAGGUAGGCGAGGGAACCAACGCAACCUCUGAGCUCUGACAACCUCUCUUCGGCAGACCGCAAACAUGGCGUCGCGCCUCGUGCUUGGGAGGAUCCAGUCGGCCGGCCGUCUUACCGGCGGCCACCGUGGCCCGCGGCUGCUCCGCUGUCCUCUUCCACCGGCGGGGGAUCGAUCUGUCUGCAGCAACGCGCACGGGCGGGGAAUCAAGACGGACACCAGGAUCACGGAACAUGAGCAGCAUCUCGACAGGUUUUCAGAUCCUCAGGUUGCCCGUGAGCACCAACAGUUCGUUCAGUUCCUCGACAGGAUGCUGGACGCGAUAAGAAAUCCUCAAAGUCUCGCACAGAUGCAGCGCCGGAGGCUUGCCAGUGGGCUGAAAGCUCUGGAUGAUGACAUAUGAGUCAAAUUCUCUCUGCGGAAAUACAAGAGUUGAAGAAAGUAAUGAGCAGUUUGUGGUGUAUAAAGUAACCCUGCUAUGUCUUGUAAAUAACAAUGUGCAACUUCAGUGUGUGAGACUGCUACUGUGCAGGUUCAUUUAGAAGUAGUUUCAUUUCCCUGUAGUGGAUUUGCGUACCAAAGCUGAUCAUAACACAGUACUACAGAUACAUUAAUAAAGUGCAUGCUUACCUUUGUUUC